AUGCGUCAGUUCCUGGUCGUUGCUGCGUUCGCAGCUGCGGCGAGUGCUUCGCCGUAUGGGAAGAAGAAGCCGGAGUGGGAGUGGCAUAAGAAUCCGCAUCCGGGAUGGCACAAACCAGAAGUCUACACGCCCCCAGCCCCAGCGCCGAAUUGGCCUUACAAGACCACCGUAGCGUCUUCCGCAGAGACCAACGUCCCAUACACCACCGGUCCCACGCCUACUACCACGCUCAGUGCAUCCGCCAGUUCGUACUCCAGCGCCUCUGCGUCGGGCAACAGCUCUGCUCCUGCCAAUGCCUGUGCGAGCGUCUCGCAGUUGGCGAGUUCGUACACCAGGAGUGCUGGAGCAGAUGCUACGCCUUCAGUUCCUGCUGCGCUGGCUUGGGAUUGUAUAAUUAGUGUGCCGUUUAAUAGUUCUGCCGCAGUUGAGCUGAUGGACUCCAUCCGACCCUACCUGAACUGGCAGACCACGAUCGAGUACCUCAAGGAACCGCCCGCAGAGUACGCCGAGAAGGUCCAGCCGCCUUACGAUUUCUACGCCGAGUACGAGCGCAUCUACAACAAAGCCAAGGCGAACGGCUACCCGUACGAACGGGCCUUCGGCUGGGAUCUCUACCGCGUCUUCCAGCGCUCCCACGACGGACACUUCGUCUACUACCCCGACAGCACCAACCUGAUCUUCUCCUGGGGUCGCACUACUCCCCUCGUCUCCGUCUCAAAAGACGGCGAGAGCAUUCCAGAAGUCUACGUCUACGCUGACAUCCUUGCCUCUUCGUUCGGGAAUAUCAGCUUCACGCCUAGUCCACUGGCCCAGAUCGACGGGCAGGAUAGCACGGAGUGGCUGCUCAACUUUUCUCAGUACGGGAGUUUGCAAGACAGAGACGCGCUUUGGAACAAUAUGUUUUACCUCCUCGCACAAGUCUCCCUGGGUCCAUCAGGGACGGGUGCAGGCACAUUCGCUGGAGGCGGAAGAGGGCAGUGGGUCUAUCCUGGCCCGCACACUACUCUGACUUUCGCAAACGGCUCGAGCGUGACGAACGAGAACUUCGCGAGGGUGCUUGUGCCAUUUGACGGGAUCGAGAAUGGAGAGGAUAUCUACCAGACGUACUUCACUCCUCCGGGGCCGCCGGAGGAUGCAGAGGAGCUUGCCACUGCGUCUUUCUCGUCGUCAGCGGCGCCUUCGAGCGUGAGUUCGAGCUCGUCAAGCUCGAUGUCCACGAGUAUCCCUGCGCCGGGAUAUCCUACGCCUGUCAUUCGAGAGCCGAAUAAUCUCAACUCCGGCUACUUCCUCGAAGGCGAAGGCUACGAUGACGUCGCUGUGCUUAGUGUUCCGAGCUUCGUCUCUUCAGAGGACGACGAGCUCCCCUUCCAGAUCGUCAACACUUUCCUCCUCGACCUCGCCAAAGCCCGGAACAAGAAGAAGCUCAUCAUCGACGUCUCCGCCAAUGGCGGCGGGACUAUCCUGCAGGGCUAUGAUCUGUUCAAGCAGCUCUUCCCGUCCAUUCUCCCGUACGGCGCGACUCGCUUCCGCGCUCACGAGGCUUUCGACUUGAUCGGGCAGGAAGUGUCCUACUACUCCGGCCUCUUCCCGCGCAGCCUGAACCAGACCAACUCCACGAUCCAGGGCAUCGAGUCCACCGCCUGGAACUACCGCACCGACGUCGACGUCAACUACGACAACUUCGACAGCUGGGCGGAGAAGUUCGGCCCACACGCCUACGGCCCCCAACCCGACAACUUCACCUCCCUCAUCCGCUGGAACCUCUCCGACGUCCUGACGCCAUUAAACAGCGGCGGCAUCUACAUCUCCGGCUACGGCCCGCGCAGCAACAUCACGCAGCAGCCUUUUGCCGCCGAGGACAUCGUCAUCGUCUACGACGGCUACUGCGCCAGCACCUGCACCAUUUUCUCCGAGUUGAUGCGGCAGCAGGGCAACGUGCGCACGAUCGCGCUCGGGGGUCGUCCGAACAAGGAUAUCAUUCAAGCCGUCGGCGGGGUCAAGGGGACGAACGAUUUCCCGUAUUCGUAUAUCCUCUACGGCACGGAACUGCCGUUCAUCAUCCAGCACUACCACUCCGACGCCUACUACGAGAACCAAACCGUGCUCGGCGACUACACCGACCUCCCGCUAUACCGCGGCACGAACUACGUCGUCAACUCCCGCGACGGCAUUCGCGAGGGCGACGAGAGUCAGACCCCGCUGCAGUUCGUCUACGAACCCGCGGACUGCAGGAUCUACUAUACCCCGGCGAUGGCGGUCGAUCAGACGGCGGUGUGGAAGACGGUGGCGGAUACGGCGUUUAAUGGCAUCGACCAUUGCGUUGCGGGGAGCUAUGGGAAUAGCAAGAGGGGGGUAAAGGAGGGCAAGAGACAUACUGUGCGGCGGGAUGUAGAUGCGGCGGAGCACUACCGGGCGAUGGGGGAAGUGUGGACGGGGAAGGGAGGGGUGGUGGGGGCCGGGGACGGGUUUAUGAUUCCGGGGUAG